AUGAAUCUUCUCACACGUGUGUUGUUGGGCUGUGCUGUCCUGACUGUGUCCGCAGGAGAAAUGUACACGUCGCUGCUGAACGUCCGGCAGGCGAUCAGCGUGGAGAGGAAGCUGAUCGAUGACCUGAGAACUUACAUCGACCACGAGUUCGAGAGGCUGCAGGACAUCAGGCGCUUCUACACCAAAGUGUCUGACCUGCACACUGGACUUUACAAAGGCCCGGCAGCUGCGAUGGCGAACCCGCUGGUGGCCUUCACCCUGAUCAAGCGGCUGCACUCAGAGUGGCUGAACGUCAUCUACAGCAGCGAAGCCUCCGAGAACGCACAAGCCCUCAGGUCCAGUUACGAGAAGGAAGAGGCUGAACUGCCCAAACUGGAAGACCUCCAGGGGGCCGCCAAGGGGCUGAUGAGGCUGCAGGAUGUGUAUGGUCUCCAGGUGGAGAGCCUUGUCAGGGGUCGCUUCCAGAGAGUCACAAAUGGAAAGCCUGCUGAUAUCUGCGUUCCCGCGGUCUCUGUGCCACUGUCUGGGGAUGACUGCUUUCUGGUUGGAAAGGUGGCCUACGAGCAUAAGGACUACUACCACUCGGUGCAGUGGCUGGAGGAGUCGGUGCGUCUCUUCAGAGGAGUGGAGUGGAGCCCUGAGAAUGAAGGCACUUUGGAGGAUGCUCUGGAUCACCUGGCCUUCUCUCACUUUAAGACAGGAAACGUCUCCUACGCUCUCAGUCUCUCUCAGGAGCUGCUGCAUCGCGAUCCAAAGAAUUGGAGAGUUCUGCAGAAUGUUGAGAAAUACGAGAAGCUGCUGGUUUCUGCGAGUCCACACAGCAGCAACGGGCUGAGGAGACCUUCAUCCGAUCACUUGAGGACCAGGGAUACUUAUGAGAAUCUCUGUCGGACCCAAGGCUCUCAGCCAAUGCAUUUUGAAAACCCCAGACUAUUCUGCGACGACUUCACCAACGGCGACCCGGGCCUGCUGCUGAAGCCAGUGAGACGCGAGGUGCUGAGCCUGCAGCCGUACGUGGUCCUCUACCACGAUUUCAUCACUCGCUCGGAGGCUGAGGACAUCAAGCAGGUCGCCCAGCCGGGACUGAGAAGGUCUGUGGUGGCAGCUGGAGAGAAGCAAGCGACGGCAGAAUAUCGCAUCAGCAAGAGUGCCUGGCUGAAGAACUCAGCCCACUCCACCAUUGGGAAGCUGGACCAGAGGAUCUCCAUGAUCACAGGCCUGAACGUACAGCAUCCGUACAGCGAGUACCUCCAAGUGGUGAAUUAUGGGAUUGGUGGCCACUAUGAGCCUCACUUCGAUCAUGCUACAUCACCUUCCAGUCCUGUGUACAAGCUGAAAACUGGGAAUCGAGUGGCAACCUUCAUGAUAUAUCUCAGCCCUGUCGAGGCAGGUGGCUCCACGGCCUUCAUCUACGCCAACUUCAGCGCUCCUGUCGUGGAGAGAGCUGCCAUCUUCUGGUGGAACCUCCACAGAAACGGUGAGGGAGACGCUGACACCCUGCACGCCGGCUGCCCCGUGCUCAUUGGAGAUAAAUGGGUGGCAAACAAGUGGAUCCAUGAGUUUGGUCAGGAGUUCCUCCAUCGCUGCAGCCUGAAUCCUGAAGAGUGA